UCAGUUUGGAUAAACACAACUAAACACGUUUCCUUUUAUAAAUACAAUAUACGACGUACACGAUUCUGUAACUGAAGCAUUAUUUUUUAAGAUUCUUUCUAAAGAAAAGAAUUAUCAAGACAGAGAGAGAGAGAAAAAAAGAUAGGGAUAAUAUGAGUUUUGUAGUUCGUCUUGUUGUAUGUCUCUUAUUGACACUUACUAUUACAUCUUUAGCCCGUAGCUCUGUCUCCGUUUCAGGGUUUGAUGAGAAUAAUGGAUUCGAAAGAAGGUCGUUGAUGGUGAACGUCGAGGAUUAUGGUGAUCCGUCUGCAAAUCCUAAACACAAUCCCGGUGUUCCUCCGGCUAAUACCGGCCAGCGUGUUGCUGGUAGAGGCUGACUUUUACUUAUCUCAGUCAGAAGAACAGAACUCGUCUUGUCUGCAUCUUCAGAUUGUCUGAUAUAAAAUUAUUAUUAGUUUCUGUAACCUCCGUAUCUAUUAAUAUCUCUAAUCUGUAUAUUUUUUAUAAGCA